AUGUCGAAGUGGCCGGGAGCGACGAAGAAGAGGCUGAAGCGCGGCCUCUGGUCGCCGGAGGAGGACGAGAAGCUCAUGAACCACGUUGCCCAGUACGGCUACGGCUGCUGGAGCUCUGUCGCCAAGAUUGCAGGCCUUGAGAGGUGCGGGAAGAGCUGCAGGCUGAGGUGGAUAAACUACCUGAGGCCGGACCUCAAGAGGGGCGCCUUCUCGCAGGAGGAGGAGGACUUCAUCAUCCACCUCCACUCCAUCCGCGGCAACAAGUGGUCUCAGAUCGCCGCGCACCUGCCCGGGCGCACGGACAAUGAGGUCAAGAACUUCUGGAAUUCCUUCAUCAAGAAGAAGCUCCGCCAGCGCGGCAUCGACCCGGCCACACACGAACACAAGCCUCUCGACCCCGCCGCCCCUGCCGCCCCCGCCACGCCCGUCAGCCGCAACGCCGUGUUCAGCGAGAAUGAGCUGAUACUGUCGUCGCCCGUGGGGGGACCGCACAUGCCGCCGCUGGUGUCGGCGGAGAGCUACGUGUACAGUCGGGGGCAGCACGGACGGCGCCGGCGGUGCGCACGCCGCGGUCGGCGGGUGCAGCGAUGA